UCAUCGUAAAGUGGGCGGGGCCUGCAGGGCAGCGUGAGGCCGGUGUUAGCAGCGGCAGCGGCUGGAGCCGAGCUGAGUAGAGUUGUUUAAAAGGCAGCCGCCAACAUGUCUGACGAAGAGCAAGAGCAGACCAUAGCCGAGGAUCUGGUGGUCACCAAGUACAAGAUGGGGGGCGACAUCGCCAACCAGGCUCUUUGUCUGGUCAUGGAAGCAGCCAAACCCGGGGUCUCUGUUCUCAGCCUCUGUGAGAAGGGGGAUGACUACAUUAUGGCUGAGACUGGAAAGGUGUUUAAGAAGGAAAAGGAAAUGAAAAAGGGCAUUGCCUUUCCUACCAGCGUCUCAGUCAAUAACUGUGUGUGCCACUUCUCUCCCUUGAAGAGUGACCCUGACUACACACUUAAAGAUGGGGAUCUGGUCAAAAUAGAUCUAGGGGUUCACGUUGAUGGCUUCAUUGCCAAUGUUGCUCACAGCUUUGUUGUUGGAGCCAGUAAGGAGAAUCCCAUCACAGGCCGCCAAGCAGAUGUGGUCAAAGCAGCACAUCUGUGUGCAGAGGCAGCUCUUCGUCUGGUCAAACCUGGCAAUCAGAACACUCAAGUGACAGAAGCUUGGAACAAGAUUGCUCAGUCAUUCAAAUGCUCACCAAUUGAGGGAAUGCUUUCCCAUCAGUUAAAGCAACAUGUUAUAGAUGGAGAGAAAACCAUCAUUCAGAACCCAACAGAACAGCAAAGGAAGGACCAUGAAAAGGCCGAGUUUGAAGUACAUGAAGUUUUUGCUGUGGACGUCUUGAUUAGCACUGGAGAAGGGAAGGCUCGAGAUGGUGGUCUGAGAACCACCAUUUAUAAGCGUGAUCCCAACAAGCAGUAUGGGUUAAAAAUGAAAACAUCCCGUACAUUCUUCAGUGAAGUGGAGCGACGCUUUGACGCCAUGCCCUUCACUCUGAGGGCAUUUGAGGAUGAGGCCAAAGCUCGUAUGGGUGUGGUGGAGUGUGCCAAACACGAACUGCUACAGCCCUUCAGUGUCCUGCAUGAGAAAGAAGGAGAGUUUGUUGCUCAGUUUAAGUUCACAGUGCUGCUGAUGCCCAACGGGCCUCAUAGAAUCACCAGCGGACCUUUAGAUCCAGAGCUCUACAAGUCAGAGUUUGAAGUUCAGGAUCCAGAAUUAAGGACUUUAUUACAGAGCUCUGCAAGUCGGAAAACGCAAAAGAAAAAGAAAAAGAAGGCCUCAAAGAUAGCAGAAAAUGCCACAGUACAACCAACCGAGGGCACAGAAGCAGCAGAAUAAAACAAUACUGCCUUUUCACACUUGCAAGACCCCAAAGAGAAGCAACUGCUCCUUAAACCCAUAUUACAGUUAAAUUCAUACAUUAUACAUUUAACUGGAAAAUAAUUGGAUACUCGGAUGCAUAAAUCAUGAAUUUGUCUUCUAAAAUUCUUAUUUAUGUUGCUCAGUACUGUAUAUGACAGAAUAUGCAAUGUGAAUGAAUUGCAAUUGUUAUGUGAAAAAUCACUAACUUUGGAGUUUUACGAGUUUAUGGUUACAAAUAAUGUUUUUGGAUGAAACUGAGGUUAUAUCCACACUAGAUUUUUAUCCUUAAGAAAAGACUGAAAUAUUUUGAUUACAAGUGCAUAAAGAGCUUGAUCUUUAGGGAACAAAAUGCAUUUACUGCCAUUCUCCUUUACAUUUUAUGAGAAGAAAUCUAAAGGUUAUGUCUUUUCAAAGUUAUUUUUUAUUGGAGACUUUGCUAACUAAAGCCUGUCAACAUGUGUGAUGGUUGUCAUCCUGGGGUUGGAAAUUCAUUUCAGGUCUGCAAAGAUAUAGAUUUGUCAACUACUGAACACGAGUCAAGUAAAAUUCUGCUUCAUAGCUCAGUUGCUGGAUGAUGGAACUUUACACCUUAGUCAAUAAAAAUGUUUUCAUACAUUUGGUUUCUUUUUUUUUUAUCUUUUAGAUACACCUUAAUAAUAAUUCUAUGUUGAGUACUGUAUGAAGAGAUGUGGCUUAUACUGCAUUGUUUACAUGACUAUUAGGUGCUAUUUAAGGUUUUGCAUUAAAUACAUUAUAAAGUGCAAAACAUUUUUCACGAAAUGUGUAUGUACUAUAAACCCACAGCCCCUCAGGUUUGUGAUCCUUGGGGGAUGAGGAGAUACAGUACGGGUGUCGAUGCUCUCCACAGUAAGUCCUCUCCUUUCGGCUGUUCCCAUCAGGGGUCGCCACAGCAAGUCAUCCGCCUCUACACAACGCUCCACAAGAACAAUUAAAGUUACCGAUAGGCUAAAUAAAAUUUCUGGGAGCAUAGUGACCACAGAUAGCAGACAACGGGCUCCAUCGGAGUUGAACUGGACAACAAGUGCAACUUCGGUUUCGGUAAGUAUUAUCAAUUCAUGUUCUUUUUAGGUUGUUUUAGUUCAGCUGGAGCGAUUGGACUACAUUUCCCACAACAAGGAUAACAAAUCUAGGCGCCAAAAUAUGACGUAAAUUCUGUAUAAAAGCCUCUCUCUUUCGUCGUCACAUCCUCUUUCCGUUGCUCUUCUCGCUUUGAGAAUCCUCUCCACACGAUGAGAGCCAAGUGGAGGAAGAAGCGUAUGCGCAGGCUGAAGCGUAAAAGGAGAAAGAUGAGGCAGAGGUCCAAGUAAAACCUGUCUCCCUGGCCGCUGUCGUCCCAUCAGACCCUCUCCAGAUGACUGACACCUGUGGCUUGUGAAAAGACCCAAACCCCAAUAUCUUGACGGUGUCUGGAGCCAGCUGUGGAUGUCUACCAACAAUGGACACAACUUCUAACAUCAGCGGCGCCUGCUUUGUUCAUGGACCAGAAUGAAAUAACAUCUCCUGUGGUGUAUUGAACAAUAAAUCAACAUCGUUUAUAAUCUGA